AUGCCGCGAAAACGCGCGCUCGCAGAAGAUCAACCUGCAAGAAAGCAGCGGCUUCGGCGGGGCCAAGCCCUCAACGACGACGCUACCAAAUUGUCAUCGACGCUGGACUUUAACGGUGUGUGGAGAGAGCUAAAGGCAGCUGGGUGGACGUCCAAGCUUCCAAGUGGCCUCGACGAUCGAUAUCGAGAUGGAUCUGGAGUAGCGGCUGUAGCUGACAACGCACAGGACUUAGUCGCACGCUCGAAACGCAACAACAUUGGUGGUGUAUCCCUCACUCGUGGUAUGACUCCAAGAGACCACGCCCGUCGUGCCGAUGGUGCUUAUAGUGACCGUGGUAAGUCCACAACAAGCGGCCGGAAGGAAUUCCAAACUAGAGGUGAUCUUCGAGCGCGCCGGGGGUUGCGCGGCUGCGAAGAGCAAGUAGCCAUACAAGAUGGUGGCGUUGGUGUGAAUGACGAUGGCGGUGGUGCUGAAGGUGUACAAUCCGGAGCUUCUCGUAACCUCAACCAAGCCGUUACGACCAUGCAGUACUCUGUCGCUGAACUAUCUGCUCCUGGAGCUGGUGUUGGCCACCGCCGAGCUGCAAAUCACGAUGGUUGUGGCGUGGUAACGUGUGGUGUGGAUGUGGAAGCAAGGCGUGGUGAAGGCAAUGGUGGCGUUGCAGUCACAGAAGGUAGUGGUGGACGUGGGCAGAUUGCCACUCCACAAAGACGACAGCCUGGCAGCGCUGAUGCUGUGGACAUUGUGAGUAGCCAAGACGGUGGAUCGGGCAGUGGAGGUGGCAGACGGGACGAUCCCUAG